CGCCUGAAGCGGACAGACGAGGCAGUGGAUGAAAACGAGCGGGACUUCACUGGGGGGAAGGGAGGGGGCUGGGUUUCUAUGGCCACCAUUAAUUUGAGUUUAGGCACUUAUCUCCCUGGAAACAAGAGGCUGGUCUGGACCUAUUUAUUUAGUUUUGAGCCCCUGCUUCCCGGCACUCACAGCGCGCCCGGCUCCCGGCGCGGGAGGGACGGGAACAAAGCUGCCAAGAAGUUUGGCCGCGCUCGCUCGGAUCCCCCGGCUCGCGGCGCGGCGCAGCGCAGCGCAGCGCAGCGCAGGGAGAUCCCUGGGGCUGGGGCUGCAAGGGGCGCUCGGAUCCCCAUGCAGCGCCCGAAACUGACCAGCCCCGGGUGCAAUUGACCAGCCCUGCCCUGCCCGGGGAGAUGAACGGCUCGCUGAACACGUCGGGGGGCGGCGAGGCGGGCUGGCAGCCCGAGUCCGUGCUCCUGCCGCUGGUCUACUCGCUCAUCUUCCUGGUGGGCACGGUGGGCAACGCGCUGGUGCUGGCGGUGCUGCUCCGCAACGGGCAGGUGCACAACACCACCAACCUCUUCAUCCUCAACCUGGGCGUGGCUGAUCUGUGCUUCAUCGUCUUCUGCGUGCCCUUCCAGGCUACCAUCUACACCCUGGACGGCUGGGUCUUCGGGCCCUUCCUCUGCAAAGCCGUGCACUUCUUCAUCUACCUGACCAUGUACGCCAGCAGCUUCACGCUGGCCACGGUGUCCCUGGACAGGUAUUUGGCUAUAAGAUACCCUCUGCACUCCAGAGAACUAAGGACCCCCAGGAAUGGUCUCACUGCCAUUUGCCUCAUCUGGGGUCUUUCCUUUAUUUUUUCUGGUCCCUACCUCAGUUACUACGAGGAGUUCCAGACAGCCAACCUCACUGUCUGCCAUCCCAUUUGGAAAAUCUCCCAACGCAAGAUCAUGGAUCUCUGCACAUUCAUCUUCAGCUAUGUUAUCCCAGUGCUGAUCCUAAGCCUCACCUACAUGAGGACCAUCCGUUACCUCUGGACAUCUGUGGACCCCAUUGAAGACAUGUCUGAGUCCAAGAAGGCUAAGCGCAAGGUCACAAGGAUGAUCAUCAUUGUAGCUGUCCUCUUCUGCCUCUGCUGGCUGCCCCAUCACCUGGUCAUCCUGUGUGUCUGGUUCGGUUACUUCCCUCUCAACCAUAACACUUAUGUGCUUAGGAUCCUUUCACACCUGAUCUCUUAUGCCAACUCCUGUGUUAACCCCAUUGUCUAUGCCCUGGUCUCCAAACACUUCCGCAAGGGCUUCAAGAAGAUCUUCAUCUGCCUCUUGCACAAGAAGGUGGCCAACAAGGUGCAUGUAGCUCAAGUGAACAACACGGUCAGCACCUUAGAGGCAGAUCUGACGGAAGUAACACACAUCAGCGAGCCUCCACAUGCCAGGUCCUCCACCUGCUGCCAGCUCCCAGCCCAAUCAUGGGGGGAGGCAGAACUGGUUGGACGUCCACAGAAAACAGCCAACUCCUUCAUCACCUUCAAUGUUACCUAAUGGAAUAUUAUUUCUUUCAGACUUUGAAAGAUCUUCUGAGUCCAGGACGGUUUCAUGGGGACCUGUACAGGAUUUUAGGCUUAAAUAGACCUCAUAUGGCUCUCCCCAUUUUCCAUUAAAAUGCUCAAGUAGGUAUUUCUCCCUUAGACUGAUGCUGGUUUCUAGCCUCUCAGGCAAGAGAAUGGCCAGGACUUAUACAGAGAAUAUGGUUUUAUGGAUGUCCUGUCAAGAUCAUGUGGCUCCAGCAAUCAAAGUCUACUUUCUCCAAACCAAUUUUCAUGUACAAUAGGAUAUUAUCUCCUGCCUUGUUUUAAUGGUCAGUGAGUGGGCUGUUUUUUAUUUUCUAUUUUAACCCUCCCAGUAAGACAUGAGUGAUUUGAUUUCCUUCAAGGAUUUUAAAGGUCAGGAAUAAUUUUGCUUUUUCAAUGCAGGGAAAGGGUUUAUGGGAGCCAUGUCUUAGUUCACCUGCCAUAGGACUAGAAUCAUUUCUAGAGAUCUCAAAUAGAGAUCUUCUUCCAGCUCAUUACUGGAUUGGUAAAAGGCUUUUGGAAAUAAUGGCCAAAAGUGUGGAGGGGAGAGGGCUGCUUGCUGACAAGGAUCUUAAUAUUGUCACAGAGAAGCAUCUAAAGAAAGGCAGUAGAGAGUGACCCACAAGUCACACAGAUAAAGCAAGAGGAAAAGAACAAGUUCUGUUGAAAACCUUCCCACUUUGACUAACAUUUUUCGUUACUGUGAUUUAAGAUGGUCUUGCUGCUCUUGGCCUGCUUUCUUGAUAGAUAUGUAGAACAGUAACUCUGGGCUGUGCUUCUAAUUACCAAUUACAGGACAGAGGCUGUGUGCAAGGCACAUGCACAGAGUCCAUGUUCAGUGGACCAAUCAUCCCACUGCUGCUGCUAGCAGGCAUUGCUCUGAAUUCAACUCGAUGAAGAAAGAAAGCUUGGAUGGAAAGAAAAUGACUGAAUUAUUUGGUUCUCUUUGCUGUCUUUGGACACUUACGUAUUUAAGAGACUCUCUUCACAGCUCAUUGAGUUUCUCCUUCACUGAGGUCACUAUCUUGCAUUUAUAUGACAUCAGUGUGUUGCCAUGGUGUUGGCUGCAGUGUCACAAAUUGAGCAUUUUGAGUCCAGUUCUUCACUGCCAGGCUUCAUGUGCGAUCACUUAUGCUUACGCAACACAAGAGCAAAAGGUGGCCUUUUAUACCAUUUUAUUCACACUUUAUUCAGGUGUAAAAAGCAUCAUGAGAAAUGAGGGACAAACCUUUUUCAGUGGCAUUGCUGAGGAGGAUACCCAUGCCUAAAUAAAUAUAGCGUGCUGUAGUCUCCACUCCACUUGGGAAUGAACCAGAACACCUGGAACCUAGGCAGACUUGGAAAGGGGUAGCAUUGCCCCAGCAAAGGCAAAUUUGACUUUUGACAUGACAUUGGUUCAGCUGGUUAGGGCCCAACUGAACAAAUUUGCCUACUUGUUAUAAAUCCAUUAUGCAUCAAGCCAUGCGGUACAUUGGAGUGCAUGCCAUUUCCUGAGAAAUUUGUGGCCAAUGCUUAGAUCACUGCAGACCAGUCCCAAACUCUAGGCUGUGUUUGACUCAAAUUAGGCCCCUUGUCUGUGAAGAAUCUUUGAGCCCAGAGCACAGGUACUGCAAGAGUCUAAGCUGCUACCUCUGAUGUGGGAGUUACUUGCAACUUCCCCUCACCAUAAGGGCCUUUUCACAGCUAAGAACAUGUGUGUCAUACUGGGUCAGAUCAGUAGUCCAUCUAGCUCUGUACCCCAUCUCUGACAGUGACAGCAGUGGCUGCUUCAGAGCAGUGGUUUUCAAUCUGUGGGUUGUGGACAUCUGGGGGUCUGCAGACUAUAAGGGGUCCAUGAAAGAUGACUAUGAUCAAUCAAAAGUAUGUGAAUACCUACACUUGUAAUUCCAAGGGGUGUGCACCUCCAUUUGAAGUUUUUUUUUUUUAGGAGUCCACAAAUGAAAAAAAGUUGAAAACCACUGGUUUAGAAGGAGAGCAUAUGAACAGGGUAUAUCUGGUGUGAUACCUGUAAUACCCUCACCAUCUUUGGUUCAGAGAUGCAUCCAUGACUUUUCCAUUUAAUAAGUACUAAUGGAUCCAACUAUCAUCCAUGAAUUUGUCCAGUCCUUUUGUGAGCCUGUCUAUACUAUCUGCCUCUACAACCUCCUGUGGUAAAACUCUGCCUUUCCACUCUGUUCCACUCAUCAGAUUUCUUGGUUUAUCAUCUGCCAUCUAUUAAUCAACCCUUCACUGUCCCCGAGCAGACUGAUCUGAAAAGCACCUACCUUCCUCUCCUCUGCUACGAUGUCUAUAAGAAACCUGCUGGUUUAUGAUAGGCAGAGAGAAAAGUAGCAGAGAUUAGUUGGCGUUCACCAUAAUACAACAUAUAAUUGUAUAUACAUGUACAUUAAAAUGAUAAAUAUUUGACUGUAUUUAAUACAUUUUUUUCUUUUUGGCUGCAAGCUCCUGGGAUCAAAGAUCAUGUGUUGAAGUGUAUUUGUAGAGCCAAGCACAAUGGAUCUUGAGGCUCCCUGAGUCCCAGGGGGCAAUUACAAUGCAAAUGUUAAAAAAGUAUAAAAAAGAUAGAUGUUUGCAGAGCACCUCUAUCGGCUGGAACCACUUUGGACAUAUGGGUAGCACACACCCUGGCUCCCAUGACCCCGACUGCCUGCAGUCAGAUUUUAGGUUAAGUUCUGUCUGUGCUUUACGGGCUUCCCACAGACUGAAGCAACUAAUCAUUUCCAUGAAUAUAAGAGAUGCGAAGGUUGGCCUGGUCACGGUCUGGAUCUCGAGGCAUGCAUUCAGCCUUCCUGAAAGUGAUGGCCUAAGUGCUAGAGCCCUGCAAGAAGGGUGCCCAAGGGAAACAAGAGACCGAUUUUGAGCCAGGAACUAGAUGGAUGAUACUAUUGAUGUGAUAGUCUGCGAUAAGAUGAGUGGGCUAUCCAUAUAUGGGAGCAUGGGGUUUCUCUCUGCAGUGGGAAUAGAGCAACACAGACUCUCACAUGGUGUAUAUACCUGUACUCACUACCAUAUUUUGUUAUUUCAUACACUGCGUAUAUAGUACUGCCUUUAAUUUCCAUGCAUUUCCGAAUGCUUUGCAGGAUGUUCAGAGAGAUCACUUGAUCUCUAAGCUUGAAAUAGGGCCAUCUUUAGAGUGAAGAGAGCCCUACAGAAGACAGGUUGAAAGAGGAAAUGACAAAUUACAUAGCCAAAUUACCUUGCCCUAAACAGUCUGCCCUUAAUAUGAUGUUUAAUCCCACAAAAGGCACCUUGAUUAGUUCCCAACAUGGGGUACUGGUUUAGUACUGACUCACUGAGAAGAGAUAUCUACUGGAUUACCAUUUCUUUGCACCACUAAAUGUUCCUUGGGAUGCUCCUAUCCAAAUACAGACUUGGCCAUGUAGCAUAGCCAACAAGGUAUUCCAUGAAUACUUAGUCCAGCAUAUGACUGAUACUGUGUUGUGACACUAGGCAGCACAAACUGUAUUAGAUAGCGUGGGAACUGGAGGGUGAACCAUAUGAUCUGUCUGCAUCUAGCUGCCUCAAUAAAGAAUCACCUUUAUAUUGA